AGCGUUUGAUAAGAAAGAGAAGAUGAAGAAACACGAGGAAGAGGAGAAGGUGUAUGAAGAAGGAGCUCGGUCCUACCCGGAGGCUCUGAACGGCGGAGGUUCGCCGGUUGAUUCGGGCUCCGAUUAUGAGGAUUACUCUGAUGAUGGAGAUUCCGAAGAUUAUGGGUCGUGGGAAGAGGACGCGGAGUCUGGAGAAGAGGGUGCUACUGGUUCCGGUUCUGAUCAGGAUGAGUCUGAGGAUGGAAAUUCUGAGGAAUUUGAGUUGUCGGAGGAGACACAGUCCGGAGAAAGUGACUCACAAGAGCACAAGGGCUCUGUUAAAACAAACAAUAAAGGUAAAUUGAGCAAUGAUCAUGCCCAAAUUGAUGAUGGUGAAAGUGAAAUCUCUGAAUCGGAUCGAAGAGCUGAAGAGAGUGAUUCAUCCGAAGACGAGGUUCCUUCACGGAAUACAAUUGGUGAUGUUCCUCUUGAGUGGUAUAGGGAUGAAGGACAUAUUGGUUACGACGUAAAGGGGAAAAAGAUAAAAAAGAAAGAAAGACAAGAUAAAUUGGAUGCUUUUCUUGCUAGUGCUGAUGACUCAAAAAAUUGGCGCAAGAUACACGAUGAGUACAAUGAUGAGGUAGUAGAGCUGACUAAAGACGAAACAAGACUUAUUCGUAGACUGCUCAAAGGAAAAGCACCGCAUUCUGGAUUUGAUCCAUAUCCGGAUUAUGUUGACUUUUUCAAAUGGGAUGAUGCAAAACACCCACUAUCAAAUGCCCCAGAACCAAAGAGACGUUUCAUUCCUUCAAAAUGGGAGGCCAAAAAGGUUGCAAAGUAUGUUAGGGCAUUACGGGAGGGAUUAAUUAAGUUAGACAAGCCAAAGGAAGAGCCACGUUUCUAUAACCUGUGGGGAGAUGAUCCCAACUCAAAGGACAGGGCUGGUCAUCUAGCCUAUAUCCCUGCACCAAAACCCAAAUUACCAGGCCAUGAAGAAUCUUAUAAUCCUUCUUUAGAAUAUAUACCCACACAGGAAGAGAUAAAUUCCUACCAGCUUAUGUAUGAGGAAGAUCGCCCUAAAUUCAUUCCUAGAAGGUACACAUCUCUCAAAAGUGUGCCGGCUUAUGAAAAUGCUGUUAAUGACUCUUUUGAGCGAUGCAUGGAUCUCUACAUGUCAUAUAGAGCCUGGAAAAAACGGCUUAACAUUGACCCCGAGUCAUUGAAGCCCAAGUUACCUAGCCGGAAGGAUCUUAAGCCUUACCCAGUGACAUGUUAUCUUGAGUACAGAGGUCAUGAGGGUGCUGUUGUGUCGAUUUCCACUGAAGCUUCGGGGCAGUGGAUUGCUUCAGGUUCUGCUGAUGGAACUGUUCGCAUUUGGGAGGUUGAAACUGGCAGAUGUCGUGGGGUGUGGACUAUAGGUGAACCGGUCCUGUGUGUAUCCUGGAAUCCAUUGUCUGAGCUUCCAAUUUUGGCAAUUGCUGCGGGCCAAGAUGUACUACUUAUUAACACAGGAAUGGGUAAUGAAGAAGAUCAGGAGAAGAUUAAGGAACUUCUCCAGGUUGAAAUAUCGGGGACAGCAGGUGACUCUGAUGAGCAGCCCUUGGUGAGCUGGCUUCAAGAUGAUAGGCACAAGCAUGAGGCAAUCAUAUUAAGACAUUUCAAGACUGUGACCUCAGUUGAAUGGCAUCGCAAAGGAGACUAUUUAUCCACAGUAACACCUGCAGGUGAAUCAAGAGCAAUCUUAAUACACCAGCUGUCAAAGAAGAUUACUCAGAAGAUCCCAUUCAAGUUGCAUGGUCUUCCAGUUUCAUCCGUUUUUCAUCCUUCUCGAUCCAUCUUCUUUGUUUCAACUAAGAAGAAUAUUCGCGUGUAUGAUCUCUUGAAGCACAAGCUCAUCAAAAAGCUUGAGACUGGACUUCGUGAAGUUUCCUCGAUUGCGAUUCAUCCUCAAGGGGAUAAUGUAAUUGUUGGAAGCAGAGAGGGAAAGCUCUGUUGGUUUGAUAUGGACCUUUCAUCUCAACCUUACAAAACACUCCAGUGUCAUUCGAAAGACAUUACAAAUGUGGCCUUCCAUCGUUCAUACCCCCUUUUUGCAUCGUGUUCUGAUGAUUGCACAGCCUAUGUGUUCCAUGGCAUGGUUUAUUCUGAUUUCAACCAGAACCCUCUCAUUGUUCCCUUGGAAAUUCUCCGAGGGCAUGUAAACUCAAAUGGAAGAGGGGUGUUGGAUUGCAAAUUCCAUCCACGGCAACCUUGGUUGUUCACAGCUGGAGCUGAUUCUGUGGUCAGACUUUACUGUCACUAAAAGAUGACUCAGAAAUAUGAUCCCUUGAUUUCUGCAUACUUGGAUACGACGAUUAAACGGAGCUGUGCUCUAGAAGGCUGAUGCUGAGUCAUGCUGCGUGGCGGAAUAAGUUAAACCAGAAUGGCGAUGGGAAGGCCGUCGUGCAGCCUUUUCUCAUAAGCUCCAGAUUAAUUUGUUAUUCUGCCUAUGCUAAAUAGCUUAGAGCAUUAAUCUGGAAAAGAAUCAUGUUAUUAUUGGUUAGAUUUGAUAGUCCCCUCAAUUUUGCUGUGUAUGUGGUCAAUUGAAUGUACCCUGUCGAACUCACAAUUGUUUGUUUUAUGAAUUUUGAGGGAAAGUAUGAAAAUGCUACUGCUGACAUCUUGGUUUGUGAAGUUUUCUCCAUACAUAUACGAUGAAUGCAAUCUUCGAUGUGGA